CAAGCGAUCAACACACAGCAAACAGCAACUCAAAGAUGUUUCCUUUCAGCCUGUUCGUGAUGGCCCUGAUGGUGGCUCGAAGCAGCCAGCUGCUGAUGAGCCAAUGUGGGUCAAACUUCAGACUCCCGGCGUACACUGACAUCUCAGUGGAGUGCGGAACUGCCUCCAUCGGCCUGGCCAUCCUCAUCUGCCCUGCUAUGUACACCGGCUACAACGAGUCCCUGCUCAUCCUCAACAACAUGUUCAGUGAUCCGGGCUGCAAAGGUACCCUGGAUGAAAAUGUGACUCCACCGGUCGUGAGGUACAGGUUCCCUCUCAACUCCACCAAUGCCUGCGGAAGUAUCUUCAGAACCUCCAGCGCUCCAGGGACGGGGAUCUUCUCCGACUUCUCCAACAUCCAGACCGUCAACAUCAGUGGUGUCGUCAGGUCCAUGGAUCCUACCACUGGGACAGUCACAUACAACGCUGAGCUCAAGUACUACUACUCCUGUGCCUAUCCCCUCGAGUACCUGAUCAACAACACCCAGAUCGAUGUGUCAGCCUCCUCCAUCGCAGUGAAGGACACCAACGGUAGCUUCAUCAGCACACUGAAGAUGGAGCUUUUCAGCGAUGCCAACUACACCAAGCCCAUGCUCAUACCAACCCUGGGAAUCGAGCUGAGAACCAAAGUCUUCGUUCAAGUCCGCGCCACCAACCUGACCGCCCAGUACCUUGUGCUCCUGGACAGAUGCUAUGCCUCCAUAUCUGCUUAUCCCACCAACUCGUCCUUCUUUAACCUGUUUGUGCCGUGCUCCAAAGACCCGAUGACCACUAUGAUCGAGAAUGGCGAAAGCAACCUGGCCCGCUUCUCCUUUCAGGCCUUCCGCUUCGUCGAGCAGCAGAACCAGACAGUGUCCACCUACUUCCUCCACUGCAUCACCCGGCUCUGUGACAAGAACAGUUGCAGCCUGUUCAAGCAGUGCAACAAAAGGAAGAGGAGAAGCUCGGAGGCCCUCAUUCCCACAGACGGAGUCACAGACUAUCACACUCUCACCUCUCCUGAGAUUGUCACCAAAGCCGAGAGCCUGACAUCCAAAGAGCAGGUGCAGACCAGCAGCAGUAACUCCAACUCCUCCAUGGGGCUCGGGGUGGCAGUGGGCAUCCUGGCAUUCGCCUGUCUCAUUGCUUUCAUCGUGGCAGCCGUCUUCUACAAGAGGCUGAAGCAUUAAAAAGCUGAAAGCUUAAAUGUCAAGUUUAUUUCAUAAGUGGGAUACUAGCCUGGGAAACCACCCUUUCUAAUAGUACAUUCAUCUGCUCAUUUCAACUGGAGAAAUGAGCUGGCUCACCAUGUUUUUGUUGUUUUGCAUGAAAGAGGGGUGUUUAUGUUGUCCUAAAAGCUAUAGAAAACAUAUUUUCAAGAUUAUCAUAGGGUUAGCUUUAGAAAAUUAUUACAACUACAUGAAGAAAAACUAGUGGAUUCAUGGUAACAAAAAUAUUUUCUAAAAUCCAGAUCUCACUGUCAGUGUGAAAGUAUCUGCAAUGUUUUGAAAGUGAAAUCUGUGUACCUAAUACUAUCUUUGUAAUUUAUUUAACUUCCUUUAAGGCUUCUGCAAAUA